UCUCUCUCUCUCCCUCACACACACAUACAGACACACACACACUCUGCACCUCCAGUGGCAUGACACCAGUGUGUCGGACUGGGAUGCAGGUUUAAGUGGAGAACUUUUUUUCCUUUCCUCUGCUGUUAUUAUGUUUGCUAUUAUUUUUGGAAAGGUGGAGACCUGUUAGGACGAGCGCGUUUUCUCUCCAUCCAGGAGCGCGCAGUGUGGCACACGCUGGAACACAAAAAAACAAGCUCAGUGCAGCGAGUGUGCAGCGCAGGCAGGUUUCCGUUUUAAAAAGCAGCAGGAGAGGCAGGAGAGUUACGGAGUCUGCGGGGAAGCGGCGUGUCGGUGCAUGAGAGAAGACGGAGACCUCUCCUAGAUAAUAAAAAAAAAAAGAAAAAAGAAAAAGAAGAACCGGGAUACUGAGAAGGGAUCAGCGGCUGGAACUUGGAUAUGGCGGGUGUGAAGACGGUCGACCUUCUCGUUGGAGUUGUUUUAGUUUUGCAGUGUGUGGGGAAUGCCCGAGCCGAAAUCACAGCCAGUAACGGGGUCUCUUACUCAUACGUGCAAGGGCAGGCGGGAGAUGAGGACGCAGCAGUAGACGUAAAGCUGUACAGUCACCGGUGGAGGAGAUGGCUUCCCCCGAAACCUCGUAACAUGGACAGUAACAGGGCCAGUCAGGAGCAGGACCAGGACCCUGCGCAGGAGGAGACUGAGGGAUUCCCAGGCCUACUGUCUGCAGAGGACACGGACAACAGCUCCCAGAUAGAGGAGGAUACGGAUCACGACUACUACACGUCCAAAACCUACAGCCCGUUGGAUCCCAUGAGCAAGGACUUGUGGGUAAAUAUCGACCAGAUGGACAAGGAAAAAGUCAAGAUCCACGGGAUUCUGUCCAACACACACAGACAAGCGGCGAGAGUUAAUCUGUCCUUCGAUUUCCCAUUUUAUGGACAUUUCCUGCGUGAAAUCACCGUGGCGACUGGUGGGUUCAUCUACACGGGUGACGUCGUCCACCGGAUGCUAACAGCUACACAGUACAUCGCUCCUUUAAUGGCAAACUUUGACCCGAGCGUCUCCAGAAACUCCACCGUCAUCUACUUUGACAACGGGACCGCUCUGGUGGUGCAAUGGGAUCAUGUCCACCUCCAGGAUAACUACAACCUGGGAAGCUUCACCUUCCAGGCAACACUGCACAACACCGGCAGGAUUGUUUUUGCAUAUAAAGAGAUCCCGAUUGAGGUGUCACAGAUCAGCUCUGUCAAUCACCCGGUGAAGGUGGGUCUGUCUGAUGCCUUUGUGGUGGUCCACAAGAUCCAACAGAUACCCAACGUGAGGCGGAGGACGAUCUACGAGUACCACCGCGUGGAGCUGACGAAGACAAAGAUCACUAAUUCUACAGCCGUGGAAAUGAUGCCUUUACCCACUUGUCUCCAGUUCACCAGCUGUAGCUCGUGCAUCUCCUCACAGAUCAACUUCAACUGUAGCUGGUGCCACCGGCUCAACAGAUGUUCCAGUGGCUUCGACCGCCAUCGGCAGGACUGGGUGGACAACAGCUGUCCAGAUGAGACCAAGGAUAAGUUGUGUGACAUCAUCGACACCACGUAUCUCUACCCGUUCACCACCACGAUCGUCGCCAAAACAACAUCCAGAAGCAAAGAGGCCACUGCCGGCAGGGACACACCCUCCACCUCCCACCCUCCCACCAGCGUCCCCACUGAAGAUGAUACCAAGAUCGCCCUGCAUCUCAGAGACAACCAGGUGAUGCCAGCAGACAGCGCUGUAGACAGGAUGCCAGGUACACACCCAUUGCACAUUGGUCUGAUCCUCGGCAUCCUCCUGGUGAUGCUCAUCAUGGUUGCCGGCGUGCUGGUCACUGUCUACGUCUACCACCACCCGACCUCUGCAGCCAGCCUCUUCCUUAUUGAGAGACGCCCAAGCAGGUGGCCAGCCAUGAAGUUUCGCCGGGGGUCGGGUCACCCAGCAUACGCAGAGGUGGAGCCGGUGGGCCAGGAGAAGGAGGGCUUCAUCGAGUCCGAGCAGUGCUGAGGGAGGAGGGGGCGCCUGCUUCCCCGCAGCCCCCCCCUUUUCCUGUGCCGACCCUCCUUCCUCCUGCUCCACGGGGACUUCUCAGAACCUCCAGGAUCUGCCUAUCGGCGGAGGAGCUCAGUGUACACAAUGACUCGUUAAAGACUGUGGAAUCGGCCCAUUGAGCGCUACAUGAGACUGGAUAGAGCAGACAAAUGAUAUGAGGAAGUGAGAAAACCCUGAAAACUGAUCCCAGACUUGAACCCGUUGUUCAGCUCCUGUUGGCAAGGAACUGAUCCACUGGGGGCAGAGGGAGGGAACAGCAUUGAUGUCAUCGACUCCGUCAGCAUUGGUUAAGUUUUGUACGGCUGCUAUCAUGUUGCCAUGGAGGGAUUGUACAGCCUGACUGCCUAGACUGGAUACUGGUGUGUCUGAGGGGGGGGUGGAUUAUACAAUAUAUAUUUUCAGAAACAAUACAGAGUAUGUGAACAGAGAUUUCCACUUUAUUGUCGGAGGGGGUUAUACUGUAUAGGCCUUUGUAUAUCCAUCAGGUUUUUACUUAUUUCCUUUUUCUUUCAGUAUGUUGAUUUCAAAGGGGUUGGCACAUUUAUCUGUAUAGACCGUCGGUAUUGCUUUUCAAUACCAUAGCAGGCUUAAUUGACUUUUCCACAGCCCGCUCUGCACAGAGAGGUUGCAGAUAUGACGCUGAGCUGAACUCCUGCCGCUGCGAUCGAUCGCGGCUCAGAGAGAAAAGCUCUGAACAUCGGUGUUUGAAUUAGUUUGUGAUUUUUUUUUUGGCUGGUUUCAUUUCCUGAAAAUGAAGUGUAAGAUAUUUUUUUGUUCACUGAGAAUAUCUCAGCGGGUUUUUAUUUUUAAUGGGUGAUGGGCACACUCUUUCUCUUUCUUUUGAUUGGAUCUUUGAUUGAUCAUUGAUACCAUUUUUUCAUUACUGCCGUGCCAUUUUGUCCCUGACUAGAGUUUGCACAUUUUUUUUUUCCAUGCACAUUUUCUUUUCUCAUUUGACAUGUGGUACUAAUGCAAAAUGACAAGACAGGCGCUUGUGAGUGUGUAUGCUGAAUAUAUUUUCUAAAGUGUAAUUGAUUCUGUGUGUGUGUGUGUGUGUGUGAAUGCAAAAGAGAGCAGUUUACAGUAGUGGUUGGAUAUCCACCUGCUUUAUGGGUGCAUAUGUUUGAGCUGGCUCUGCAACAGUUGAUUCUUAUUGAUUUGAAUCUGAGGUAUCUGGAUACGGUUUGUGUGAGCCAGAAAACACACUGGUAUGGUUGGAGUUUUUCUUGAUUUUUACAGUGUGGUUUCCUUUUUGUAGUAUGUUGCCAGCAUAACCAUUGGCUAGUCUGUGUUUAUGUUCUGAUUGGCUCGUCCGUGUAAUACACAUUAAUGUAUAUACCAAGGCCAAAACAUUUGCAGAUUCAGGUAACUCAUGGCAAACAUUUGUAGAAUAGCAGUAUAGUACAGAAAAAAACUUUUUUUAUUUUUUAUGAGUGGCCUUUUUUUCUCUACUUUUUUACUUAAAUGUGAAUACUGUUUCAAUCAUUACUGUCACUAAUCAAUCAAGGCUUCUAACUGAAGAAAUUCAAACACUCAUUUAUACUUUUAGCUAUUAUUUCAAGACAAAAAAAAUCAUGUUUUUACAAUGAUCACCAACGAUUGUACUCAUUUUAGAGACACUAUCAGCAUCCUGGAAUUCUACUGAAAAAUAAAAACGUGCAAUAUUACACUGAAAACACAUAAAAAUAACAAUCAUCUGGAUUUAUUUUCUUUUAGUCACACCUUGUCGUCAUCACAUUGAGACCAAAGACUAAUCAGCAUCUGAGUGAGAUAUAUUUCCAAGUAUUUACCUCAACCCCCCCACAGCCUCAGCAGCCAUACCAGUUUAGUUGUAGCCACAGUGUUUUACUGGUUAUAGUGGUGUUUCUCAGCCAUUCACAAUAUAAAACUGCUACACACCUGACUGUUCUCUAAAGCCCUCCCCCUAUCAGCGAGUGUCCAAUCGUAGCUUAGCAACCGUAACUAGACACAGCAUAGCCUGUCCAGCUUUGUUUAUGAGCUAAGUGACCCCGCAUUUUAAGAGUUUGGAGAGUGGUUUCUUUUUAUUUAUUACAAGAGCAAACGUGUACGAAGUGGAUUAAACUAUCUGCUUGUCUGCAGUCAUUAGCAUGCGCGGCUAACUAACUUGCUUCCUACAGUAGUAAUGAACCAUAAUGCCGCCAAGGCUAAGAACCGCGGCGUUAGCUCAAUCAAAACAAAGAUGGCAGCCGACUACCUGAAUAAGAGUCCUAACUUGAGAAACUGGUUAAAAUCCGAUUAGUCAUUUAGUGGAGAGAAUAUUUUUUUAACCAUGAGCUUGUAUGAGUUGUUGAGGAUUUGGAAAACACCGCCAGAAUAUCGGCAACUGUUUAAACAACUUUCUUUGUGGCUAGUUAAUUAUCUAUAACCGAUGAUGCCAAUAUACAGGAGAGGGAUAAAGUUGGCUAACGUUACCUCAGGUACCAAGCCAAGCAUCUAAACAGGGUUAUGGUGACAGUAUUUGUUUCUUUAUUAAAACAGUAACUUAUAAUAUGGGACUCUGCCUGGGACUGCUUUAGCCUUUUAGUAUUAGUGUGUGGCCGUCGUGUGCAUAUUCGACAAGAUUCAUGUUUUAAAACAAGUCAGCUUUUUCAACCGACUCCUGGAGCUAGCAUUCGCUUAAUUAUCUAGCUAACUAGUAACUCUGAGUAUUAAACAGCCACAGUUGUCAUUUAGCUACAAACGAGAAGCCUGCACUUGUCUAAAGUCAAGCAGUUCUAGUUCGAAUUUCGAUCGUAAAUCCGCCCCUCUAUUAAACCGACGUUCUAGAACGGAACGGAGAGCUUGGCGGGCGUAGCAACAGUAACGAAGGGGGCGGGGCUUGGCCGACGUAGCCAUUCCCUCCUCUCAAUUACACUUCACACAUCAGCACGUCACACGCGCACCCAAAGAGCCAUGCACAGUACCAAAUGAAGGACUCACUGGCUGUUUUCAACCUUCACACAGACCCUUCUUUACAACCGAUGUGGUCUCAUUGGUGUCGACCAGAGAGUACAAACUCCUGCUUUUUAUGACUCCCCAUAACUCCUUUCCACAGCUGUUUUUUUUAAAGCAUACAGGAGGAUUAAGUUUAACAAGCCAAUGGCUUUUUUUCAACAUUGUAACAUUGAUCCCUGUGGAGAAAUUAUCUUUGCAAGUGCUUGGCACAUCUGCUUGUUGUACACUGCCACCUGAAACUGCAAGUGUUUUUUUUUUUUAUAACUACAUUCAAAAUGCAGUCAGAGAAGGUGGUUUGUGUGAAUCACGUACACAAAAGCCGGAACACUUUGAGGGUUGUCUAGCUAGCAAAGUCUUCACUUGCUUCACUGGACUUGACUAAUCACUUUCACUCCCACUUUAUUAACGAUGUUAUUUCAGAUGAUGAGAAGCAGCAUAGUGGUGUUAUUGCGAUAGGUUACUGCUGUGUGAUCUGAUUUUUUAUCUCUGACUGAGUUGGAUGGAAAGAUGUUAAAGUCACACAGAUUCAGAGGCGAUUGGCGGAGCUCAAUAUAAAGAAACAAGAACUGUGACCUUGUUUUUAUCUUAUCAUCACACUCCACAGCACACAACGAGACUCAAAAUCACACAGUAUCAUAGCUGUCUGUAAUUUCUGUAACUGCUGUUGUUUUGAUUACAUUUGAAAUAAUAAACAAUGUUGUUAAAUACAA